AUGGAAUACUAUAAACUGCCAGUCUUCUUAAUAAAAUUGAAAUCUAUGUUAGAAGUAUAAUUUUAUAAUAAAUUUAUAUAGGAUCGAUGUAACUAACAAAUAAUUAGUUGGAAUGAUUUGGGAAAUAAAGUUAUCAUCCAUUAAAUUGAUCAAUUCAAGUCUUCAAUACUCCCUUUAUAUUUUAAAAGCUCAAACUAUUCUAGUUUUUAAAAGUAAAAAUUAUUUUGAUAAAGAAGAUAAUUGAAUAAUUAUGGAUUUAAGAAUUUUAGAUUGUCUUCAAGUUAAUAUGUAUUUUACAAUGAGGAUUGGACUUAUGAUUAUAAAAGGAUUCAUAAGAUAAUAAGAAAAGGACAUAGAAAAGAAGAAAAUGUUAAUUCUACAUCUAAUUUUAUAUCUUCCUUAUUGUUAUUAAUAUCAAAUUAGAAAUAAUUGGUGGCCAAUAUUGAAAUGAUACAUCACUAAUAAUCUAUGAUAAGUUAAAAUAUUUAUCAUAUUCAUACAGAAUCGAUGAAAUAAUAAGACUUUAUUACUAAUUUAAAUGAAUUAUAGAUAUGA